AGAUCAGAAUUGAAGUAGGUAGAUAGCAAGCAAAUAAGUGAUUGGAUUAGUGAGGCAAAAAUGGCAGACAUGAGAGGAAGCUCAGCUAUUUGCGACGAGAGAUGUGGGUGUCCGUCGCCGUGCCCCGGCGGCAUCUCUUGCAGGUGCGUAAGUAGAGCAAGUAGCGGUGGUGAAGAUGAGCACAAGCGGUGCUCAUGCGGGGAGCACUGUGGAUGCAAUCCAUGCAACUGUCCUACGAGUGAGGGCAUCACCGGUUCCGGCAAGGCCCACUGUAAAUGUGGUGAUGCUUGCAAUUGUGUUAAAUGUGCCUCUUAAUUAGCUCUUAGCUCUUAAAUCACCAACCCAUCAUAUCCCACCUACUACAUAUAUAAUAUAGCUUAUAGCUUAUAGCUAGCUAGGAAUAAUUAAGCAGCAGAGCAGCUCGCUUUGCUGGCUGGUAGCUAGGUAAGCAUGCAUAAGAUGGAAUACAUCAAUCUAGCAUGCGGCUAGCGCACCUAGAUAUAUAUAAGUAUGUAGUGAUCCAAGAUAUACAACUUGUCAGUUGUGGUUACCUUAUGUAUGCCCGGCCCGCAUGAGAAAGGUUUCUGUAAGAAAUACAUAUGUUGCAAGCUAGCUAGCUAGCUAGCUAAGCCGUUCUUUCCUGCUUCCUUCUAACAGAAAACUUCA